CCUAAAUUAUGUGCUGGCAUUUUUCACUUUCUUUUGGUGAGUGGUUUUGUGGUUGACUCACUCCAGUUCAGUGUCGCUUGGUCGCAAGUAACAAUCUCAGGAGAUGUUAGAGCUCGUUUGCCGUGGCUGUGUAUCGUGGAAGAAACCAGCCCUCAGCAACAUUCCUCCAAUUAAAAUCGACCAAGCCAACUCGAUUUCUGAGCUCUUCCUUAGACUUUUUUCUCGCUGUAGGCUCCCCACUUUGUACCUUGCCUGUCAAGUGUUGGUGUGCCAACAUGUGGAAGUACGGAUUUUUUCUGACAGUGGUUACCUCCGUAUGGGCGACAUCAGAGGGGCCUUGGGGGGUCGCUGCCAUUCCUACAAGAGGAAAGCCUGAAUACAGUCAACGACAUUCAUUCGCUCAAGCAGAGCUGAAAUGUUUCCAUCCAAUCAACUGGAAAUCGAUCGCGCGGACACUGAAAACCGAAUCAGGGGUCAAGGAUGCAGCUGCGUGUCAGCGGCUCUGCGCGAAGGAGGAUCAGUGCACCCACUUCAAUUACCACACGGACUCCCACAGUUGUGAGCUCAAGAUCAAGAACGGUUCAGACGUUGUCGAGGCAGCGAACGUUAUUACGGGACCCAAAACAUGCAGUUCAAGCUGUUUCACAUUAGGCGUGGGCCACACCGCUAAGGAGAUGGCCAGAUCUGAAAAGAAGUACAGUCCCUUCGAUUGCCAAAGCUGGUGCCGUGACACAAAUGGCUGCUUCUAUUUUACUUUCAACCUGGACUCCAGCACGUGCUUCCUGAAAGGUGCGGACGCUCCAGGUACAGAACGAGAGUAUCCAGGUGAUAUGGUUGGGCCGAAAGAGUUCUGUAGCGGAGGUGGUGAGGACGUUGAGACUGAGGAGGAGUCCGAAUCGGGAACAGGCAGUGACGGCGCGGAGAGUGGGGCAGGCUCUGAAGGUGAGGAAGAGCUGAAAUGUUUCCAUCCAAUCAACUGGAAAUCGAUCGCGCGGACACUGAAAACCGAAUCAGGGGUCAAGGAUGCAGCUGCGUGUCAGCGGCUCUGCGCGAAGGAGGAUCAGUGCACCCACUUCAAUUACCACACGGACUCCCACAGUUGUGAGCUCAAGAUCAAGAACGGUUCAGACGUUGUCGAGGCAGCGAACGUUAUUACGGGACCCAAAACAUGCAGUUCAAGCUGUUUCACAUUAGGCGUGGGCCACACCGCUAACAAUAUGGCCACACCCGGAAAGAUGUACAGUCCCUUCGAUUGCCAAAGCUGGUGCCGUGACACAAAUGGCUGCUUCUAUUUUACUUUUAAUCGGAACUCCAGCACGUGCUUCCUGAAAGGUGCGGACGCUCCAGGUACAGAACGAGAGUAUCCAGGUGAUAUGGUUGGGCCGAAAGAGUUCUGUAGCGGAGGUGGUGAGGACGUUGAGACUGAGGAGGAGUCCGAAUCGGGAACAGGCAGUGACGGCGCGGAGAGUGGGGCAGGCUCUGAAGGUGAGGAAGAGCUGAAAUGUUUCCAUCCAAUCAACUGGAAAUCGAUCGCGCGGACACUGAAAACCGAAUCAGGGGUCAAGGAUGCAGCUGCGUGUCAGCGGCUCUGCGCGAAGGAGGAUCAGUGCACCCACUUCAAUUACCACACGGACUCCCACAAUUGUGAGCUCAAGAUCAAGAACGGUUCAGACGUUGUCGAGGCAGCGAACGUUAUUACGGGACCCAAAACAUGCAAUUCAAGCUGUUUCACAUUAGGCGUGGGCCACACCGCUAAGGAGAUGGCCAGAUCCGAAAAGAAGUACAGUCCCUUCGAUUGCCAAAGCUGGUGCCGUGACACAAAUGGCUGCUUCUAUUUUACUUUUAAUCGGAACGCCAGCACGUGCUUCCUGAAAGGUGCGGAUGCUCCAGGUACAGAACGAGAGUAUCCAGGUGAUAUGGUUGGGCCGAAAGAGUUCUGUAGCGGAGGUGGUGAGGACGCUGAGACUGAGGAGGAGUCCGAAUCGGGAACAGGCAGUGACGGCGCGGAGAGUGGGGCAGGCUCUGAAGGUGAGGAAGAGCUGAAAUGUUUCCAUCCAAUCAACUGGAAAUCGAUCGCGCGGACACUGAAAACCGAAUCAGGGGUCAAGGAUGCAGCUGCGUGUCAGCGGCUCUGCGCGAAGGAGGAUCAGUGCACCCACUUCAAUUACCACACGGACUCCCACAGUUGUGAGCUCAAGAUCAAGAACGGUUCAGACGUUGUCGAGGCAGCGAACGUUAUUACGGGACCCAAAACAUGCAGUUCAAGCUGUUUCACAUUAGGCGUGGGCCACACCGCUAACAAUAUGGCCACACCCGGAAAGAUGUACAGUCCCUUCGAUUGCCAAAGCUGGUGCCGUGACACAAAUGGCUGCUUCUAUUUUACUUUUAAUCGGAACUCCAGCACGUGCUUCCUGAAAGGUGCGGAUGCUCCAGGUACAGAACGAGAGUAUCCAGGUGAUAUGGUUGGGCCGAAAGAGUUCUGUAGCGGAGGUGGUGAGGACGUUGAGACUGAGGAGGAGUCCGAAUCGGGAACAGGCAGUGACGGCGCGGGGAGUGGGGCAGGCUCUGAAGUUGAAUCAGAGCCUGAGGCUGUGCCGGGUGGGCAAGAGCGUCCAGAAGAACAGCCACCAAUUCCUGGGCCAUCGCCUGAUGGUGAUAAUGGAAAGGAAGAGCUUGUGCCUCCAGUUCCUGAACUGGAAGAAGGUUCUGGUACUGCGGGAACCGAAGCUGAUACGCCUGGCCACAUUUUGCCGUCUCGAUACCCAGCGCCCAUUCCUGAUACGGGCUUGUCUUCAAAUCUCGUCUGCAUCCAUCCCCGCCACAAGACAACAACCGCUGAGAUUCACAAAUCACUCCCAGGCUUGCCGACACCGGAGGACUGUCACCUCGCCUGCUGGCAUGAAGGCGAAUGUACACACUUUACAUACAACCUGACCACAGGAAGGUGCGACUUGAGAACUAAUGACAGUUCUCAUGUGACUGAGGAGGUCGACCAUAUCACCGGACCCAAGAGUUGCAACAGCAGUUGUUUCACCGUUGGAAAAGGUCACAGCGCGCAUAACGUAGCUCCAAUAACAGACAAAUACAGUGCUUUCGACUGCCAGAGCUGGUGCAGACAAAACAACAACUGCAUGUACUUCACCUACAACACAGUGACAAAAAAGUGUUAUCUCAAAGGUAGUGACGCUCCCAACACGCUAAGUCCAUCCCCCGACGACGUGGUCGGUCCCAGGGAUUUCUGCCCUUCUUGAAUACGUGGGGAACUCCUGCUUGGAUGCACCUGGUUGUUCAGCUCGUCGAUGUCUUAGAAUAUAGUGACACUUGUUAUUUUGUGAAGCCCUUGGUGAAGUGAGCGAGCGAUUUACGGUGCUGUGCUUUUUUGCAGUUGAUUUUUUCAUGGUACAAGCAACCAACGAUUUGUUCGUCAGGGCGAGACUCCGUACAUGGCAGGAAGCACAGAAACUGAAUUCCUCAUAUAAGCAGCAGCUAUUGUGCGCAUCCUUCCGUUGCAAACACACUCCACGAUGAAAAAUACAGGAGUAUACCAACCCCUCGUGGAGUUCACUGGAACGCUUCUGGACCACUGAUUCCGCAAGUUUGUCCACUGUUGUUGGCAAUAUGCGGUAGAUUCAUUCGCUGUGGCUGCCUUUGCUUUCGUUUUAGUCAUCUUGCUUUACCUAUCUGAGGUACUAACAACAAUGCUUCGUGCGCAAUACAGUCCACGAGAGCUAGCCGCUUUUACAGAGCUCAGAUAUGCCUUCGAAACGCACUGCUUCACUGUUCGGUAAGCUGCUCGCGACGUGAGGGGCCACAGGAGCUGCCCCUAGGCUCAGCUUUUGUAAAGGCCAGGGACUAAUACAGUGGUACAGACUGGUCAGUAGUGCUUCCGGACGUCUUUGAUAGCGCUUCAAGUACCACGGCAGUGUUCCGGUAUCCCACUCCUUGUCAUAGCGGAAUCGUUAUGGAUGGACAGCCUCUCACCCACGGUAUCCUAAACUACAAGAAGACAUUGCCUCCGAUGGAUCGUAUUUAUACAGAGUAUCACAACCGCAGCGGCAAAUGCUGCACAGUCUUAGGAUAUUACUCUUUUGGCCGUAUCUCGGCUCUGGGCCAAUCAAAUCGGUGGGGGGCGACUGGACGCUCCUGACGCCGGGACUGACAA